CCUGCCCAGGCACCUUUCCUGCUAUUGCUUUUGCCAUUCCCUUCCAGUCAGUGCCAUUGAUGCACAGGCAUCUCAUCCCCCAAACCUAUUAUUAUCACCUCUGAUCGAGGCUGUGUUCCCCUCUGUCGCCGCCCGCAGUGACCAGCCUCUUCCCCUCCCCAAACAUCCAGCUGUUAAUCAUGACUCGGCCGAUGACACAACAGACUUGUUUGUGUCACCUCGUGCAUUCAGUCACUAACCUCUCUCUUUUUCAUCCCUGCCACGAUCCAUCGGUGUUUAUCAGUCCUUACUUAAGACCCCGAUUCCAGCACACUCAGAGCGAUCUGCACUUGUUAUUCAUGCGCGAACAAACAGAGUCCUCUUUAUUAAAGGCUCUUCUCACUGCUACUGUUCGUUCAGCGAACGUGCUGUUCUGCUGGAGUAUCUAUGAGACUAUUCCUGCGGUGACACUCGUGUGCACGCGGCUGUCUACUCUUGUCUCCCUCUAUUUCUCCCUCUUCCCUGCUCAUCUACAUCUCGCGCGGUCCUCCACGCGGCAGACUGGUCCUCUGCGCAGUGUCCGGGUCCUUUAUGCCGACUCCCCCUAUGCCCGCUGUCGUUCCAUUUCCUUCUCAUUGUGUUCAUCGCCCGACUCGGAAACGUCCAGGCACGUGCACUGCCACUGCGGCGCCAAUCCAGAGAUGGCUAGCGCGCGGCAUUCCAUGGGCGAAAACAGCGAGCGGGUCGCAAGGUCCGCUUGUGACUGGCUGAUCCGUGCUGACCGGCUCAGGGCUCCACCGCGCCUUGCCUGUUUGGGCGGCUAUGGCGCCGAUCGUGCUGAGGCUGAACGCGCAGUGGCCAGCGGGCUGUCCUUGUCCGCUCCGGUCCCACCGGCAGCGGGCUCGCUAAUCCUGUUUCUGUACCCUCGAAGGCUCGCGGGCAAGGCAGUCGUCGCCCUCGCAGGCCUGCCUGAGCCGAGCCUGAGGCUGCCCUGCACGCUGGCCUCUGGCUGCGAUCGGACCGAUUUUCACAGGCCGUGAUCUUUCCUCUCGUCCUCUUUCCUUGUCUUUGCGUGCGUGGCAGUUAUCGCUCCUUGGGCUUGGGAGUUAACGUCCUAGGUAUCCUCCUCUGCUUACUACUCGCCCGCCAACCCCCCCGAGCCCGCGCCUUUCCUCUUUCGCCGCUUCGCCUGGGUCCUGCGCGACCUUUGGCUGGCCCAGUCAAAUCAAAUCUAUCCUCUGCCUCUCUCUCCUCUCUCGCUCGAUCUCCUCCCUCUCCUCUUCUUCCAUUCCUCUGCCCAUCCUCCUUCAACACUCGCCAAAUCCCAUCCCACGCCGUAAUUUCCUUCUCGCUCUCUCGCUUGCGACGCCCUGUUCGCUUGUUCUCUUCUACAACCCUUUUUUACCUAAUUUCUUCCUUUCUCCCGCUCCUCAAAACCUCG